AUGUCUCUGGCUUACGUCCGUCAGACCCGCAUGCAGCCUUCUGCCCUGCAGACUCAGGCUGCCACUCAUAGUAGACAAAUGCAGCAGUUUUACUUGCACAAGCUGUUUGACUUGCUGUCAGACGCCGAAUUUCUUCCGCUGAUCCCUUCGGACCCGGUUGCCACUGCCAUUCAAAUGCAAGAGUCUGCCAGCAUGGCUGGUAACUCCGUCAACGGGCAAUAUCUGCCACACAUGAGUCCAGCCAUCAGACAUGAAACUGUCUACAAUGGCCAGAAGACCAGGAGAUAUAGUGGUCAGUUUUUGCGUCAGCAUCUUUUCGGGGGUAAAAGAACAGAUUACGCUCAGUACCGUUCGGGAUAA